AUGGAGACCGAUGGAUCGCGAACAGGCCUCUCUCUUCUUAUCCGACAAUGCGCCAAGGAACGCGUGUCCAUCACAGAGCUAUAUAGCUGUUUUGACAAGACGAUGAUAGAAGUUGGCCAUGAUUGCCCCACCCAGUCACAUGGAUGGCGUAAUGGACGGGCACAGUAUUUGGUCUGGAGGCAUUUCUUUUCUACUCUUUCCAUACCUUCCACCCUCCAAGAGUUUGCCGAUGUAGAUGACAAGGUGGGCAAGGCUAGAGACGACUAUGACCCUGAAGCUGUCGGAUCCUCGAGAAUGGACAAGCUGUUCAGCGACAACGCUGACGAGACGACCGGCAAAGCCACAACAGAAGAUCUGAAUAAAACCUGGGUACACGACCGGUACCGGUCUGUUGACUCGACUCCUAACUGGUCCCGUCGCCCCCAGAAAUGCCGUGACUGCCCUGCACAAUUCGAAUCUGCCAACGAGCUUUCUAGGCAUCUUAACUGUGGAGAAUGCAAAGCGCGCUCUUGUAUCUCAAAUAACACUGCAAUGGGAGACUAUUACCCAGCCACAAAGGUGGACUCCUAUAGGCCACCUAGCACUGCCAUGGGAGACUAUUAUAGACCGGGAACCCGAUAUGCACAGAGCAAAAGUGCGAGCCAUACCAAAUCACCCGACCUAUUUGCUUCCACCUCAAAGGAUAUUUGCAAAGUUUCGGACAAUGGUCACAAUUUCAAAAACGUGCUUGAUGAACCGCUGGCGCAUCUGUACCGCCAGUCCAUAAUUGACAAACCAUCUUACCCCAAGCUAAGCGCUAUUGCAAAAGUCCGGGGUGUUUCUUCCAAGGCAUUUGAUGUUGUUAUAGACAGAUGCACAACAGUGGCAAGGCGGAGACACUCGGAGAAACAUUUAAAUCCGGAGUGGAUUUCUUGGAAAGUUCAAAGUUUUAUUUGGAGUGAAUUAUGUCCGUUCUAUCUGGGUUUGUUUUAUUUAGACAUUGGUACUGAUGAGCUUGCAGUUAGCCCAACACAAUUUCCGAUAGCAGAGCCAACUUGGAAAGCUGACAAGGGCGGUUCGUCAGGGGACUUAGGUAGUAUGACUGGUUCCUCUUCAAAACCGUACUCUUUGGUCAGCGUUUCAAAGGUUAUUGGCCGAAACCCGCCUUUCAACUAUGACAUACCUACCAACCUAGAGAAUUCUACGAUCGACACUAUUAACCUAGCCUCGGUUUCUCAGACCCGAUCACUGUUAUCUAGGCCAGCUAUUAACGAGCGUGAGCUAUCUAGUGAAAGAUCCCUAUCGAAGGUGCAAUCCACAAUGACGCCUGCCCCUGUAUUUGAACAAUACCACGCUCUCGGAAGUGUCAUGGAGCGAAAGGUGCUGGAGCUAGGUGGGCUAGACUUAAGGAGGGAGUUCUUCCAGAAUAUCCAGGAAGCCAGAGACAAGAUGAGAAUGCAACACCCCAAUUGUACCAAAGAUAUCAGGGCAUAUUUGGCAGAUCUUGAAAUCUGGAGGCAAUUUUUCGAGAACGAACCAUUCCCUCGGAGAAUGCCACUUGGUGGUCACUCGGCCCAGUGCAAUGCAAACAGGCUCAAGGCCAUUGAUCAGACGGUUCCCGCUUUAGCACGACCAUCUCAACUUAUGAUUCCACCUACUGUCGUUCAACCGCUAUAUGAGACUUCGCUUCAGAACCAACAAUCAAGCAGUCUAGCCAACUAUACGCAAGCAUCCCGGACUAGUGCCCUACCGAACUGGCCAUCGCAGCCAAUACAUCAACUCACACCACUCUUUACUAGCCCAUCUUCGGCUGCAGAAUGUGGUUCGAACUCCCAGAAAAAGACCCUGCCGCACUCGGAAACCCAAUUUCCUGCCCCGGAUAGUGUGGUAAAGGCCUUAAAUGAAGCACAAGCAGCCAUUGCAAAUAACAACUCAGAUGAAUGGAUAAUCGUGCACAAUGACCGGAGCACGUUAUGCAAUGGCCACUCCGCCACUGAGAUUCUCAGAUAUUUUCGCAAUGAUGAUAGCAGAGCCAUCGUUGAACAAAAGUCGGACUGUCACGUCCGAUAUUUUAAAGAGGUGACUGGGACCAAGCUUUCUCCUCAACGCCUCUUGCUGUGGACCGAACCAUUCAAAAAAGGAGAUAAGGCAUCAAGCACGAAGGGGGCCGAUUUUCUCCAGGGAUGGGUCCAGCGAACAUUAAUGGGGGGCCCCGUUCCAUUCCUGGUUCAUUGGGAGACAGUUUGUAAAAAUUCCAAAGUUGGGCAAACCGAGAACCCGUGGUUAUCACACUUGCUCAUACUCAACUCCAAGUAUGUCCGCUACCCAAUCCAGGAAAUUGAUCGCCUCCAGAAAGCCUACUUUCAGGACGUAGAAGGAAACCGCCAAGUGGGUGAAAUCUUACGGUGUAAAUUGAUUUGGGGAAAAUAUAUCGACGGAGCGAUGUAUCUCUUAGCCUUUCCCUCCCCCGACUAUCUCAGAAACCUCAAAUCUGCAACCCAACUGUGGGAUAACUUAGUCGUGGAGCGAGGAAGGAAAUUUCUGGAGCAUUGGGUGGAGCAGGUGCUCAACAACGAUAAGGCUAUGGGGCCAAGUGUCUUGGAGCAUUGGCAGCGAUAUUCUGCUCAAGAACAGGAAAGUCCUCAGCCCUUAGCACGCCUUCUUGUUCAAGGAACGGUGAUCCCUUGUUCGAUACUAGGGCUCAAGAACAUUUCCUAUUCUAUUCCGGGAGGCAACGAGAAUUGGCUGCAUAUAACUGCGAUUCCAUUCGAGAGGUAUAACAAGAUUACUCUGGGUAACGGUCGGGAAUUUCUCUUCAACUGGGCAAUUAAGGUAUUGGAGGAAGGGGAACCUAUCAAAAUGUCACUCCAUUGGGAUGUUCGCUAUGCAUCUAAAGUAAGCGGCUUUGAGGUGAAGAGCGUUAAGCCCCAUCAUAAUGCAAAAUCUUCAGAUCUAGCAAUAACAGCCCAUAACAAUGUUGAACUACAAUGGGAGCAGUACGCAGCCUCCUUUGGAGCAAACGACCUAGAUCAGAUGUCGAUCGAAGAUAAGGCUAAGGCAGAGGGUGUUUUGCGAAUGGUUUUCGAUGCGGAAACCCAGCAAAUGGUUAACCUGGAAGAAUUCAAGAGAAGAACUCAACACCGCUUUUUGUCUACCUUUACACAUAUUUUAGGGCCUGGCCCUGCCGGAAAAGCGCAGGCCAGUACAGCGAGCUUGGAAAUUAAUUCUGUUGGAAUGGGAGCUGUCCCUUGUGAGAACUGCCAUCCGUUCGCCGAUUCCAACAUCCGUCGUCAGGGUGAACUGUUGUGGGAACAAAAUGCCAAGAGAGAGGGAAAGCGGAAAGCCUCUGAUGAGAAUGAAGACCAGACAAAGCCCGAGGAAAAGAGACUGAAGGUGGAAGUAUCCCAAAUGAUGGGUGACUAA